GGAAGCGUGCGAGACAGUGACAAAGCGAGUUACGGUCUAGAUUGAAAUCCGCGGCUGCACCAUGCUCUCCAGGUCCACCCCGUGUCUGUGGAUUAUAUUUUGCCUUCAUGUGUGCUGUCAUGUAAACAGCGGGGAAGCACAGAAUGCGAAGGAAGUGAUUCUGCUGGACUCCAAGGCACAGCAGACAGAACUGGAGUGGAUCUCCUAUCCUCCCAAUGGGUGGGAAGAAAUCAGCGGCUUGGAUGAGAACUACACACCCAUACGCACUUACCAGGUUUGCCAAGUCAUGGAGCCCAAUCAGAAUAACUGGCUUCGGACUAACUGGAUAGAGAAGGGCGAUGCUCAGAGAAUUUUUGUGGAACUGAAGUUCACCUUGAGGGAUUGUAACAGCCUACCAGGUGUGGUGGGCACUUGCAAGGAGACGUUCAACUUGUAUUACCAGGAAACAGAUUCGGAGGUGGGCAGGAGUUUACGGGAGAACCAGUACGUGAAAAUUGACACGAUCGCUGCAGAUGAGAGCUUCACUCAGGGUGACCUGGGCGAGAGGAAGAUGAAGCUGAACACAGAAGUACGCAUUAUUGGUCCCCUGUCCAGACGGGGCUUUUACCUGGCCUUCCAGGAUGUAGGGGCGUGUAUCGCCCUGGUGUCUGUCAAAGUUUAUUACAAGAAGUGUUGGUCUAUCAUCGAGAACCUGGCCACGUUCCCAGACACCGUGACGGGAUCGGAGUUCUCCUCGCUGGUGGAGGUCGAGGGCAUGUGCGUGAGCGACGCCGAGGAGGAGGCCGACAACUCUCCCAAGAUGCACUGCAGUGCCGAGGGGGAAUGGCUGGUGCCCAUUGGGAAAUGUAUAUGCAAAGCUGGAUUUCACCAGAAAGGAGAUGCAUGUGAACCAUGCGGUCGUGGUUUCUACAAGUCUUCCUCCCAGGACCUUCAGUGCUCUCGCUGUCCGGCGCACAGCUUCAACGACCGCGAGGGCUCCUGGCGCUGCGACUGCGAGGAUGGCUACUACCGAGCGCUCUCUGACCCUCCGUCUGUGGCCUGCACAAGACCUCCCUCGGCGCCACAGAACCUGGUCUACAACAUCAACCAGACCACUGUUAGCCUGGAGUGGAGCCCACCGGCUGACACGGGUGGCCGCAACGACGUCAGCUACAGGGUUAUAUGCCGGCGCUGCAGCUGGGAACCCGAGGAGUGUGUUCCGUGUGGGCCGAAUGUGGGAUACUCUCCCGCGCAGUCAGGAUUAGUGGACACGUACGUCACCAUCAUGGACCUGCUUGCCCAUGCCAACUACACUUUUGAGGUGGAGGCUGUCAAUGGGGUGUCGGACCUGAGCCGUACACAGAGGCUGUUUGCAGCAGUUAGCAUCGCCACUGGUCAAGCAGCUCCGUCCCAGGUCAGCGAGGUCAUCAAGGAGAAAGUGCAACAGCGCAGCAUCCAGCUCUCCUGGCAGGAGCCCCAGCAACCCAAUGGCGUCAUCACGGAAUACGAAAUCAAAUACUAUGAAAAAGAUCAGAAGGAUCGGAUCUACUCCACGGUGAGAUCCAAGUCCACAUCAGCUACUGUGAACAACUUAAAGCCCAGCACAGCCUAUGUGUUCCAAAUCAGGGCUUUCACAGAGGCAGGAUAUGGGACCUAUGGCCCCAGACUGGAGAUAACCACCAAGGAAGAGGCCACAGCUGCGAUUGUCUCCAGCGAGCAGAACCCCGUCAUCAUCAUAGCGGUGGUGGCCGUGGCGGGGACCAUCAUCCUGGUGUUCAUGGUGUUCGGCUUCAUCAUCGGGAGAAGGCACUGCGGGUACAGCAAAGCGGAUCAGGAGGGAGACGAGGAACUUUACUUCCAGUUUAAAUUUCCAGGCACCAAAACCUACAUUGACCCUGAAACGUACGAGGACCCAAACAGGGCUGUCCAUCAAUUUGCCAAGGAGCUGGACGCCUCCUGCAUUAAAAUCGAGCGGGUUAUUGGAGCAGGAGAGUUUGGGGAGGUGUGCAGCGGCCGACUGAAGCUGCCCGGGAAGCGGGACGUGUCGGUCGCCAUCAAGACGUUAAAAGUGGGCUACACGGAGAAGCAGAGGCGGGACUUCCUGUGCGAGGCCAGCAUCAUGGGACAGUUUGACCAUCCCAAUGUUGUCCAUUUGGAAGGAGUCGUGACGAGAGGAAAACCAGUCAUGAUUGUCAUCGAGUACAUGGAGAAUGGCUCAUUAGAUGCUUUCCUCAGGAAACACGACGGUCAGUUCACAGUCAUCCAGUUGGUGGGGAUGCUGCGGGGCAUCGCGGCGGGAAUGAGAUAUCUCUCCGAUAUGGGAUACGUCCAUCGAGAUCUGGCUGCGAGAAACAUCCUCGUCAACAGCAAUCUCGUAUGUAAAGUGUCUGACUUCGGCCUGUCAAGGGUGAUAGACGACGAUCCGGAGGCUGUCUACACAACAACUGGGAAGAUGCAGGAUAUAAUGAAUUUGAUCUUUACUCCAGCCACUGACCUGCAUUUUACUGAACAGGGUGGCAAAAUACCUGUCCGAUGGACCGCGCCAGAAGCCAUCCAGUAUCGUAAAUUCACCUCCGCGAGCGACGUGUGGAGUUAUGGUAUUGUCAUGUGGGAGGUCAUGUCCUAUGGGGAACGGCCUUACUGGGACAUGUCCAAUCAAGACGUCAUAAAGGCGAUAGAGGAGGGCUACCGUCUACCUGCCCCCAUGGACUGUCCACCAGGCCUGCAUCAGCUCAUGCUGGACUGCUGGCAGAAAGACAGAGCCGAACGUCCCAAAUUCGAUCAGAUAGUUGGCAUCCUUGAUAAGAUGAUCCGUAACCCUAACACCUUGAAAACCCCAGUGGGAACGUGUACAAGACCAAUUAGUCCACUGUUAGAUCAGAGCACACCAGACUUCACCGCUUUCCGCUCGGUGGGAGAGUGGCUGGAAGCCAUCAAGAUGGAACGAUACAGAGACAACUUCACAGCAGCUGGCUACAGUUCCCUGGAAUCUGUGGCCAGGAUGUCAAUCGAGGACGUGAUGAGCUUGGGGAUCACGCUGGUGGGCCAUCAGAAAAAGAUCAUGAGCAGCAUACAGACUAUGAGAGCCCAGAUGCUGCAUCUCCAUGGCACAGGUGUCCAGGUGUGACUGGGACGGGCCACCUCGGGCAGGGGCGAAAAACAAAAACAGAACUUACCUGGAGCAGCGCCUGGGACGUAACCGGGAUAAUCGUCAAAGUAAACAGGCAUCUGUUAUGUCUGACUCUUCCGGCUGUGUCCGGAGUGAAAUCAUUCCUUUGUUCCUCAGUGAAGGAUUGUGGUCUGCAUCUUCAAAGGGCACUAAAGAGAGGAAAAGGGCAAAAAAAAAACAACAACAACAAC